AUGGCCCUGGAGGUGUCUGUGCUCAAUGCGCCAGUAUCUUUGCCCUACAUUCCAACAUCAGAGCCAUCGCCCGGCCGGCUCCGGCGCAAGCCGGUUCCGCUAGAUUUCACGAAAAUCGACGGGCUGCACUCACACGUACCCGAGCAGGGCAAGCCGAGUCUAAUAGUGAGUUCGCCCGGCCCGGCGGCGCAACUCGACCACGUGACCCCGGAAGAGUGGAACUUCCUAGCAAACUCGAGCCAGAUCGAGGAGCUCAGCAAGUUGGGCGAGGGAAACGGCGGUAGCGUUUCCAAAUGCGUGCUCAAGUGCGGGUCGCCAGUCUUUGCAUUGAAGCUCAUCAACACUGACCCGAACCCGGACAUCCAGAAACAGAUCCUUCGCGAGUUGCAGUACAACCGCCUGUGCCACUCACCCAAUAUCGUCAAGUACUACGGCACGUUUAUGGUUGAGAAGCAGCUGAUGAUUGGCAUUGCCAUGGAGUUCAUGGGUGGGGGCACGUUGGACGCCAUCUACAAGCACGUACUAGAGCUUGACCCCACCAACCGGGUCAGCGAGAAAGUAUUGGGCAAGGUUGCGGACUCGGUGCUCAAGGGCUUGGACUACCUCCACCUGCAGAAGAUCAUCCACCGGGACAUCAAGCCCAGUAAUAUCUUGUUCGACACGCAGGGCAACGUGAAAAUCUGUGACUUUGGCGUCAGCGGCGACGUGGUCAAUUCGCUUGCCACAACCUUUGUGGGCACCCAGUACUACAUGGCGCCCGAGCGCAUCAUGGGCCAGCCGUACACGGUGAGCUGUGACGUGUGGCUGCUUGGCGUGACGUUGCUUGAGGUGGCCCAGGGCCGGUUCCCGUUUCUAGCGCAAAACUCCAACCCCUUGGGCCCCAUUGAGCUCCUCCUGUUGAUAUUAGAGUGCGAGCCAAAGCUCGAGGACAAUCCCGCGGAGCAGAUCCACUGGCUGGAUUCCUUUCGCAAUUUCUUGGGCUACUGCUUGAAGAAAGUCCCCGAGGACCGGCCAGGGCCGCGGCAGAUUCUUCAGCAUCCGUGGUGCAUAGGCCAACUGCGGUUCAAUGUGAACAUGGCGAAGUUUGUGAGGAAGGUGUGGGGGAUCCAAAGCGGGUAG